GUUCAUCAAUAUGGCGGCUGUCAGCCGAUAGCACUUAUGUCAUUUUGCCAUGCUUUAGAUCAAAUUUGACUUUAUUAAUCUGACUCACCGCUUUAUUCGUGACCACAUUUCAAAGGGGAGAUGUUUCAAGCCAUAGGCGGCAGGAGCCUCCAGGCAGCCCGGCUCUGCGCCCGGAAAAGAGCCGUUCUUGUGGAGACGGUCCGCGGCAGAAAGACUCGCAACGACCCGAUAGCCAAGUCCAAAGAGGCACGAAUCAAAACCCCUCCGCCCGUGGACCCGGUGGAGAUGGUGGUCCUGAAAGAGAGAUACUCCGAGUACCAACAGAUUCUAAGUGCCCUUCGUAUGGAAUUCAAAGAGGAGGUGUUGAGGAAGAAGUAUGAAGCUGAGACUGGAACUUUGGCUGAGGAGCGAGCACGGAAAGAGGCAGAGGAGCACCGUGCCCUGAUGGACUGGAACAGAGAGGAAAACCAGCGCAUGCUACAACUCAGGCUGCAGAGGGUUCAAAUCGAGAAAGAGGAAGCAGAACGAAAACAGCUUGAAGCUGCUCUUGAACGGGAACAAAAACAGCAGGAAUUUAUCAAAAUGAAGGAAGAGGAACUUUUACGCUUACAGGAAGAGGCAAAACACUUCAUCACAAUGGAGAAUUUGGAUCAGCGAAUUGAAGAAGCAUUGGACAAUCCCAAGAAUUAUAAUUUUGCCAUUGACAAAGAAGGACGGAUUACUAAACAGACUGUGCUCAAGUGAAACCAAUGGGUGUUUGUCAUGGGGUUUUCAGUAUCAGUUCAGUUCAUUAUUUUGACAUGAACAAUUUGUCCUCAGAGUCACCCACAAAAAAGGUAAUUGGUUUAAAAUGGUUCCUUCCAUAUGGUUACAGUAUUUGCUUUAAAACAUCCACAUUUUUCAGAGGUCUCAAACUUGUCCAAACCUGUUUGUCCAUCAACACACUUUUCCUGUGAGCUGUGCAUCUUAUGUAUUUUGCUUUUAUCAUGGUUAUAUUUUGUAAAUAUAUGUGAUCAUAAUGACUAAAUAGCUUUUCCAUUGUGA